UACUGUAAGGCUUACCUCAAGGAGUUCAAUGAUCUCCUUGGUGAGCUUAAGGGUAAGAAUGUGGGUAUCUUUGGCAUCACUGCUCAGAGUCAGGCUGACGCAGAUAAGGCAGUGAGGGACUGGGGACUUCAAUUUCAAGCAUGGUCUGAUCCUCAACACAAGUUGCGCAACUAUCUCAACGAUGAGGGUCUGAUUGAUAUCAAGAUAUCAGGAGGCGAAAAUUCCACCGACUCCGGCUUCUACAAGGUCCAUCCCAAGAUCAAAGAAUACAAGUGGGGCGUUGCUCAGCCAGGUGUGCUCUGUGUGAAUUCUGACAGGAAGCCUCUCUACGCUUGGGCCAUCAAUCCUUCUUUCAUGAACGUUGGUGGUGCCUCGGAUCGUCCUGUUCCCCCGGACAUCUGGACCAUCGUCCAAGCAAAGAUGAUCGACCCUGAUAGCCAGGAUGUGCCAAGACGUUUACGCACCAGAGGAGUUUGCUCCCUCUGUAACAUUCUUUAACAACUGCACAUGCUGUAUAAAUCUUUACUAAGUUUUAAUUUUGGACUUUGUUCUUUUGUGUAGUCAGGUAGUGUUAUGACGGAAGAUGUGCUAAACCAGUAUUACUGAGGUACACUUCCCGAGGCCAGUGCUAUGCGCUGUGUUCACACCUAACUGCUGAAUUGUCAUUGUUCUCUUGAAUUUUAUUUUGUUCAAAUGCUGAAUUUUUAUACAAAUUGACAAACACUGUA